ACCCCACGCACUUGUUUAUACCCAUGAGAGCUAGAGAGAGUACACAAUAGCUCAAACAGAUUUAAGUAAAUGAUGUAUAGAGAGCUGACUCUAGUGUUGCUACUGGUAGGACUUGUGUCCUCCCAAACUUACCCCCAGGAACUGGACGCUGAGGUCAUCAUCAUAGGAGCCGGAAUGGCAGGUGUAUCAGCUGCAAAACGUUUGGACGAACUCGAUAUAAAGAACGUUAUUAUUCUUGAAGGUAGCUCAAGAGUUGGUGGCUGGCUAACUAGUGCUGAGUUUGCUGGAGUGAGGGUUUCACUGGGACCUAACUGGAUACAAGGAAUAGACCCAGCUUCACCAGAACUACAUCCUCUCUAUCGUCUAGCACAAGAGUGUCUGCAAGGUGGUAUCCGUGGGGUGUACAUGAAUUAUGAUUCACUAACAAGCUUUAACUCUCAAGGACAACAGAACGAACAAGAGCUGCGUUGGGAUGAUUACGACAAUGCUUUGGCAGCAGUAAGGAAUUUGCAAAGCGAGUGUGUGAGUCUCCGACAAGCAUUAAACGAGAGUGGCUGGACUCCGACUAAUGCUGCAGAUAACUGGGUCGAGUGGUUUAAUGCAGACUUUUGCUUUGGAGAAGCACCAAAUGAUGUGUCUAUACUAUCUACAAUGGGUAAGUCCUACACGAGCUUUGCAGCACCAGAAUCAGAAGGCGAAGAUUAUUAUAUAACAGAUACAAACGGAUAUGAGACGAUUAUCGAAUGCUUAGCUAAUGAAGUAGUUGCAAACGGACAAGGACAACUAGUUUUGAAUGCUUUUGUUACAACUAUUGAUUGGAGCAACGAUGAUUGUGUUUGCAUGUCUGUCAAUGUUAGUGGAACUAUCAACCAGUACUGUAGCAGGUACGCCAUAUCAACAGUUAGCACAGGAGUACUACAAUCAGAGUCCAUCCAAUUCAAUCCUGAGCUACCGGAAUGGAAAAAAGAAGCUAUACAAAAAUUUGUCUUGACCAGAUACAUCCAUAUUUUUAUGGAAUUCAGUGAAGUGUUUUGGAAUACAACUGAAAUAAUCAGAUACAUUGCUAACGAGAGAGGCUACUACCCUGUGUUUUUCAACUUGAAUCUGAUCUAUCCUGAAAAUCCAAAAAUUCUAAUGGCAGUAGUUACUGGAGAAGAAGUGGACAGGAUACACUCUCAAACAGAAACUGAAACCAUAGCAGAAAUUGAGCAAAUCCUCAGCAAAAUCUAUCCCAACAGCAACACCACUGUGGUCGAUUGGAUCAUACCCAAUUGGAUAGCUAAUCCUUUAUUUAGAGGGACAUUCACAUAUCUACCCACUGACUUUAAAAGUAAAGAUUUCAAAUUGCUAGCAGCCCCGGUGGGAAAUCUUCAUUUCAGUGGAGAAGCCACUUCUGCUAACUUCAGUGGAUUUGUUCAUGGGGCCUACUUUUCUGGGAUUGAUACAGCAGAGCUAAUCGCUAGUCAAAUAACUAGUAAGGCAAUGUUUGCUCAAGCAGGCUUCAUAAUCACCGUCCUUGGAAUGAUUUGUGCAAUAUACAUGCACUAAAGGGACACAUAUACUGAGACUAAUUAUGAUAUAAACGUAUAAGAACACUGAGACUACUAUAAUUAUAAUGCAAAAACACUGUAGAAUGUGCAAGAACACUAUAGAAAGUGCAAGAACACUAGAAUGUGCAAAAACACUGUAGAAUGCACCCUCAUUGCUAGAAAGCUUUCAGUAGCUAGUAUUAUUUUUGUACACCAGUAGCUUACAACAACCACAUAGCUAAUAAAUGACCCAUAAUUAUACUAUGUAUGCAUACCUUGAGCUGGUUGUUUUUAACCCCCCCCCCCA